GACUGCACUCCACCGAGCUCGGGACUUUCUCAACCCAUGUCCACGGAACCGCGUGGACACCCUCGUUUGUCUAAUGUCAACGCACGCGGACGGAGGUCGUCGCUUGGAGGCUCGCUGUUGGCGAUUCGGGCAGGGAACUUUUGGGAGGAGACGCCGCUGCCCGAAGGCCUGGAGUUUGAAGACCAGCCGACGGUAGAGAACACGGCGUGGGAGAAGCACUGGUACCGGCGGUAUUUCGUUCAGGCGGAUCAUGAUGUGUUUGUGGGCAAGCAUGACAAGAUCGGCGGUGUGGUCAUGCUCUCGAUUGUGCGCGAUGACAUCUCGGGCGUGGGCGCUCAGUUUCGGACCAUUGUGUGGCGGUCGUCGGGCGCGACGCUGUACGUCAUUCCGGUGACGGAGAAGGAGGCCAAGCAGCUUGCCGGCGGCAAGGAGUGGAAGCUGAAGGACACGCUGGCGCGGUUGCACGGGUGCGAGCUCUCGUCGCUGUACAAGAAGUUCCGGACGGUGACGAAUCCCGAGGUCAUGAGCGACUUGCUGCGGCUGGAGGCGAUGAACCCCGGUCACAACCGGUUCCACCAGAUCGGAGUCAUGUACGGUGGGCAGGGCCAGUCGGCCGAGAUGGCACUCCUCGCCAACAACUCGGGCUCGGCGGCGUACAACGAGUUUCUGGAGCUCCUCGGGACAGAGGUCGGGCUCGCCGGGUACACUGGGUUUGCCGGCGGCCUCGACGUGACGACCGAGGCCAAGACUGGAGCCACCUCGCGGCGGACCUCGUUCCGCGGGCACGAGAUCAUGUACCUCAUUGCGACCAACAUGCCCGACGCCGACACCCGGGCCCGGGUCCUCGGCUCGGCCAUUGUCCGCAUUGUCUUUCUCGAUGGCGACAACACCUUUACUCUCGAGUCGAUGGCCAAGGCCUCAACCGUCGUCGUUGCUGUUGUCCAGACCGUGCCAGACGACGACUCGAUGUACUCGCUGACGCUGGCGUACGAGUCCGGGACUGCACUCGUCGGCCCGCCGCUCAAGGCGCGGUACCCCAAGAACGGCGGCUUUAUCCAGACGCUCCUUGCCAAGCUCAUCAACGUUGAGCGUGCGGUGGUGACCAACGAGCACUCGCGACUCUCGGUCCUGCAGCAGGCCGAGCACGCCAUGGGUCGUGCGCUUGAGACCGCGUACAAAAAGUACUACAACAAGAAAGCGUCUGACUACAACCUUCACGGCUCGCUCGCGCCGUCGGCCGACCUGCCGGCCGACGCACUGGCGGCCAUCGGCGGUGGCUUUGAGCCCGACUCGGCGUCGGUGCUCCGGACCCAGGUCAUUCUCGAGGCCUUCCCGCAACCGAUCACCUGCCUCGCGCCGUGGGACGACGACUCGCUCUUCUACGGCGCCUCGGAAGGCCUUUUCCUCCUCGACAAGGUCUCAUCGAACAACAUCAAGCUCAAGCUCGGCUCGGGCGCGUCGCACAUGCUCCAGCUCGACGUGCUCAAAGAAGAGGGUGUGGUGCUGGCGCUCUCGGGCGCCACGCCGUCAGUCUCGGUCAUGGACGUCGAUCGCAUCGUGACCAAGAAGCCCAAGAUCAAGGUCCUGAGCCAGACCUCCAAGGCCCACCUGUUCACCACGGGCCUGGUGGGAACGGCCACCCACCUCUGCGUUGCCGUCCACUCGGACGUCAUUGUCUUCAAGUGGGACGACUUUGACCGCACCUUUGUCGAGCUCUCCAAGAUCCGCUUCCCGGCCAAGCCGCUCACCAUGGUCAUGUCCAAUGACGGCUCGGGCUCGCUUUGCGUCGCCUUCAAGUCGCAGUUUGUCCUCGUCAACCUCAAGACAGAGGCCAUCACCCAGCUGCACGAGGACUCGUCGUCCUCGCCCAUGGCCGCUUUUCUCCUCGACAACGUUUACUUUACCGGCAUCGACGCCCCCUCUAUGGGUGCCAUGAACGCCAUGAUCGGCUCGGCAUGCAACCGCUGGCUCCUUUGCUACCAAAAGUGUGCAGUCCUCAUGCGCGUCCUCGUCGCUCCCGACGGUGAGACCUCGGUCACCCACGAGUACUCGGCCCACUGGCAGGUCCCGCCGCAGGCCAUCACCCUCCUCCCGCCCUACGUCCUCUCCGUCUCGUCUUCCGUCCUCGAGGUCCGAAACGUCGUCAACGGCACUCUCCUGCAGACGUUCCCCAUCCACAUCCUGCCCGACACCACCUUCUCAUCCGUCCUCAAGUACGCAGGCCGCGCCCUCUACGUCCCAUCCUGCGUCUCGGACGACCACUGGCGCAUCAACAGGCUCACCCCCACACCCAUCGAUCACAACGUGCUUCCCUCGGCAGACGCUGCAGCAUCGGCCUCGUCCUCGUGAAUCAUGCUCCGCCACCCUCCACCACCGUCACUGGCCUCGUCACUCCCACGACUACUUCCCUUUCCCUGUACAGUAUCUGUUGCAUCUGAGGGUGGACGAGGGAGGCGAGGGAGGGACGGACGGGCGACGAGGGGCGGAUAGCAGACAGCGCGGCGACUCGCCACUUGACUUGCUCGCACGGGCUAAACACAAAGCGCACAA